UUAAAAGCAGGGACAGCCUCAGACAGAGUCACUGCAUCAGUUUACUCAGCAGGUGACAGUUCUCUGACCUCCUCUCUCCUCUCUAAAAACUUCUGACCUUCAAACUUACUGUAACUUAUUCAAACUCCAGCUUCCAGAUAACUCUAAGAGUCUCUUAUCUCCUGUGCCAUCAUGAGUCUCCGGUUCAUCCUGUGCGUAAUCUCCCUCCUCCUCUGCUCCUGUCUGGUCGCGGACGCACGGAUAGCCAAACGCUUCGCCAUCGGCUGUCCUGAGAAGUGUGACAAGUCUCAGUGUGCCCCGAUCCCCGCAGACUGCCUGUCCGGGGACGUGCUGGACCGGUGUGACUGCUGCCCGGUGUGCGCGUCCGGGGAGGGCGAGCAGUGCGGCGGCCCCGCGGAGAAGGAGUGCGCGGACGGGAUGCAGUGCGUGGUGACCGAGGGCGUGGAGGUGUCCUCCACAGUCAGGAGGAGAGGGAACCCCGGGCUGUGUGUGUGCUCGGGCUCUGAGCCGGUCUGUGGCAGCGACGGGGUCUCCUACAGGAACCUCUGCGAGCUGAAGCGCGUGAGCAACAGGGCCAUGAAGCUGCAGCAACCACCAGUCAUCUUCAUCCAGAGGGGGACCUGUGGGAAAGGUCAGCAGAACCCCGACAGCCUCCGCUACAAGUACAACUUCAUCGCUGACGUGGUGGAGAAGAUCGCACCCGCCGUCGUUCACAUUGAACUUUACCGCAAGAUGGUCUUCACAAAGAGAGAGGUGGCAGUCGCCAGCGGCUCCGGGUUCGUCGUGUCAGAGGACGGACUCAUCGUCACCAACGCCCACGUGGUCGCCAACAAGCAACGAGUGAAGGUGGAGCUGAAGAGCGGAGCCACGUUCGACGCUAAGAUCAAAGACGUGGACGAGAAGGCCGACAUCGCUCUGAUUAAGAUCGACACACCGAUUAAGCUGCCCGUACUCCUCCUCGGCCGCUCAGCUGACCUGCGCCCCGGCGAGUUCGUGGUCGCAAUCGGCAGCCCGUUCUCCCUGCAGAACACCGUCACCACCGGCAUCGUCAGCACCACCCAGAGAGGAGGGAAGGAGCUGGGGCUCCGCAACUCUGACAUGGACUACAUCCAGACGGACGCCAUCAUCAACUACGGCAACUCUGGAGGACCACUCGUCAAUCUGGAUGGAGAGGUGAUUGGAAUCAACACUCUGAAGGUCACGGCAGGAAUCUCCUUCGCCAUCCCGUCAGACAAGAUCAGACAGUUCCUGGCAGAGUCACACGAAAGACAGGCCAAAGGUUUGCAACUUAUUCACUCUCUCACUUCAUCACAGAGACGGAAACAUGGCUGA